AUGGGUCGACUCGAUGGCAAAGUCAUAGUCGUUACCGGCGCGGGCGCUGGCUUCGGCCGAGGCAUCGUCAAGAAAGUCACUGCCGAAGGCGCCAAAGUCCUAGGCGUCGAUCUGAAUGAGCGAACGGUGCGCGAAACAGCCGAGGCGACACCGGACAGCUGUGUGGCUCACACAGCAGACGUCUCGUCGGAAGAAUCUUGGAAGGGCAUAUUGAAAGCAGUGCUGGAUAGCUUUGGUAAACUUGACAUCGUCGUCAAUUGCGCCGGAGUCGUUCAUAACGCGGGACCUUCCCACACGAUUCCGGAAGACCAGUUUGACCUCAUGUUCAGGGUCAAUGUGAAGCCAUUGUAUCUGAGCAACAAGGUCAUCACGCCGUACUGGAUUGAGAACAAAGUCAAGGGGUCAUUCGUGAACCUGAGCAGCAUAUCCGAGCCACGGCCGCGGCCUUUCCUGGUUUGGUAUGCCGCGAGCAAGGGAGCCGUAACUGUCACAACGAAGGGUCUUGCAGGCGAAUAUGCGGCGCACGGCAUUCGCUUCAACUGCAUUCGACCAGCGGUAGGCGAGACAGCAAUGCUUCCGAAGGUGCUCGGUGGCCAUGAUACGCCCGAAGGACGUAAGAAAGUCCUGGGUACCGUGCCGCUGGGGCGAGUAUGCCAGCCAGAAGAUGUUGCAAAUAUGGUUUGCUACCUUGCCUCGGAUGAGGCGAACUACAUCACUGGUGCGGCCUUUGAUGUUGACGGAGGACGCGGUGUGUCAUGA